AAAGAUAGUGUUUUAUCAAUCUGCUACUGCACAUUUGCUUUGUUUGUUACUCUGCUGCCAGUUUAAGCAGUUUUAUUAAGCGUAUGUGCUUCCUGUGCUUGGUUUUACUGCCGCUCUGCUUGGUUUUACUGCUGCUCUGACUGAGAGCGCUCUCCAGGACGCCCCCCUUAAAUAGCGGAGUCUUGGGUAGGUAUCUUGUGCUCGCUUCGGCAGCACAUAUACUAAAAUUGGAACGAUACAGAGAAGAUUAGCAUGGCCCCUGCGCAAGGAUGACACGCAAAUUCGUGAAGCGUUCCAUAUUUUUGUGCCUUACGUGAGGUCUGACUACCAUUUUUUCACUGUUUGACCCAAUAUUUGGUCCUUGGUCCGACUUUCUAAAUCGUAAGGUCAGUCGUCUUUGAAUAAAGUUUUGUAUUUUAGAGGUAAGUCCCAGGACAUGAGUAAGUGCAAGCUCUGUUUGAUGUUUGGUGUGCUUCUGUGGCUUUUUCAUCAAAAGAUCUCAGGUUUGGUCUUAUUUGCAGUCUUAGUGCACUCUGAGGUCAGUACAGAAACAAACAACAAAAUAAAAAACUUGAUAACACUCAGUCGGUAUUUAUGGGGUUAAAAUAUUGCUGAAAGGUGCAACUUUUUAGACAUUACUAAAAGAGGGAAUGUAAACAGGAGGGCCCAUAUCUUUAAAUUUCAACAUUUCCAGGUGUUCCUACACUACCAGUAAUCGCCACCAGAGGUCACAUGUCUCCUUCCUUUCACAGCACCCGAGGCUCUGCAGCUAGAAAAGGGGCACUCACGCAUUCACAAAAGAACAUAAUUCACAACAAAUAAAGAUACCUUAACUGCAGUAUUGCUAAUCAGAAUACGCUAGUAUACGUCUGAACGAUACCUUGUACUACGGAUGUGCUUUGCUGUGGUUCAGGUCUUUUUGCAAUGCCGUUAGAAAUCCGUAGUACAAGGUAUCGUUCAGACGUAUACUAGCGAUUACUGGUAGUGUAGGAACACCUGGAAAUGUUGGGCUCUCCUGUUUACAUUCCCUCUUUUUUGGCUCUUACCUUUUGCUAUCAAAUUUCCUGAUCCUACCCAUUUUCUACUUUUAAAUAAUAAUUUUUAUCUUUCAGCUUGUGAGGAUUCUUUCCAGCGUGUCCAGCUAUGUCAGCUGAUGGUGCCUGCUUCAGAAAAGAGGCCGACAGGUGGAGAGCAUGCAGUGCUUUGUGCGGGUGCAUCCAAUAGCAGCGUGGCAGUCCACUGCAUACCGCCCAGGAUUCCGUUUACCUGUCUCUGAGGGACUUACACGAGUAAAGAUGUGAAUAGGAACAUGAAAGAUUGUGUUUUAUCAAUCUGCUGCUGCACAUUUGCUUUGUUUGUUUCUCUGUUGGCAGUUUAAGCAGUUUUAUUAAGCAUAUAUGCUUGAUGUGCUUGGUUUUACUGUUGCUCUGACUGAGAGCGCUCUCCAGGACGCCCCCCCUAAGUAGCAGAACCUCGGGUAGCAUGGCCCCCUGCGCAAGAGAAGAUUAGCAUGGCCCCUGCGCGAUGACACGCAAAUUCGUGAAGCGGUCCAUAUUUUUGUACCCUAUGUGAGGUCUGACUAACAUUUUUCCAAUGUUGGACUCUGUAUUUUGGUCCUUGUUCCGACUCUGAAUCCUGAUCCUGUAUCCAGGACACAAGAUGGCGGUGCCCUGUGUGAGGUCUGAUUCUGAAGGCAUUUUAUUAUAUGGAGACAUAGAGGAAUUUAACGGCAGGCUGUGCAUCGUCUGCCUCUGGCACAAAUACAAGAUCACGCUUGCAGAAGGGGAAGGCUUGUACCAGUCCGUGGACCCAAAGGAGAAGCCACCAAAACCCAGGUGGUGCUCCAAAGGGGUGAAGCAGAGGAUCCACAGGGCCAUCGAGGUGGAUGACGACAUCUUCGUCGAAUUCAACGACACUCCGGGCCCCAUCGAGUCUGACGUCUACCAGACCGAGAGUUUCAGGGCCAGAGCCAGGCUUGAAAAACCGCCGGUAAACACGACAAAGAAGUGACCGAAGAAGUCACAGGCAAAACGGCAUUACCGGAGAGUUCAGUGCCUUCAAGGGAAACAUUAGGGAGCGUUUAAGACUAGGUCUGACCACUUACCUUGGACUGAAAAAAUCAGUGGAAAAUACUAAGUUCAUUGCAGGGUUUGCUUUCUGGCUGCCUCAGUUUGGGCAAUCUUGUUAAGCCGAUAAACACUCAAUAUACUUGAUCCUGAUUGGCCAAGACCUGCAGCAUGUGGAAACCUAAGACCCCACUGCUUGAGUGUUGAGGCCCUUGUUGAAGUAUCUGCACAUUUAUAAACAUUAAAAUGUUACAAAUUUUUAGGUGUGUUCGGAUUGCGACAAGGAGACAUGUUAGCUUUGUUUGCUUAUCAACUUCUUGCUCAGUUGUUGAAGGUUUUUUUUAAAAUACAUCAAUAUUUUCUCUUGUGUUCUCAGGUACUUGUUCUUGUGGAUACAUACAUUUUUUUAAAUGGUGCUUUUUUGAGACCAAUUCCUUCUCUGUUUCAUUUUCAAAUGCCAAAUAUUUCUAUUGGUUUUGUAUUUUUAAUUCAUUAUUGAUCUUUAUUUUUUACAUUUUUUGUGCAUUUUCUGAUACUCUGCUAAGACUGCACAGAUUAGAACAACCAGUAUCACUUUUGCUGAGUAAAAUCCUUGGCUGGGUUCUUGAA